AAUUUUUAUUGCUCAAACGUUAUUUUUUUGUCCUGAUAUUUUGCACAAGAAUAAGAAGGGUUCCUAUCUUCGUUUUGCUGCUAAGUCUCAAUUUCAAGUUGCUUUGUCAAAUCUAUCAUGCUACCUUGUCAAUUUGUUUAUGGGGGAAUUGCCAAGCUUUUGUGAUGCUUAUUGUAUCUGGUGGCUUCUUGAAUUUCUGAGCUUUUGACUAUCAUUUCAGGUGUUUGUGAUGAUUAUUGUGAUGGAGUUCAGUAUCUUUCACGUGUAACUGAGACUUGGAGAAUAGGAUUGAUUUUUAUAAUUUAAUUUGCCCCUCUCAGCAUAUUUAGAUAUGCUUGAACAGGAUGAGUGUCUCCUUAGAUCACGUUUCUUGCUUUGUAUCUUCAUUGGCUUCUUGAUACAUUCUGUUGUGAUUGCUGAGAUUCCAUUGGGUUCCAAACUUUCUGUGGUUGACAAUGAUUAUUGGGUUUCUUCCAAUGGUGAUUUUGCAUUAGGAUUCUUCAACAUUUCAGAUCAACCUAACCAGUUUAGUGUUGGUAUUCGUUUCAAUUCCAAGUCUAUUCCAUAUAGCCAACAAACUGUGGUCUGGGUUGCUGGUGCUCAUGUCACAGUUGGUGACAUGUCCUAUUUUGAACUCACACAGGAAGGGGAACUGGUCCUGUUUGAUUCCUUAAAAGAAGGUUCUGUUUGGACUAGUCCAACAAGAAACCGAUCUGUUUCUUCAGCUGCUCUUCAUGACAGUGGAAAUCUUGUUCUAAUGGACAGAGAUCAAAACAUCAUUUGGCAAAGUUUUGAUAAUCCAUCUGAUACACUUCUCCCAGGACAGAGUUUAGUUGCUCCUAAUUCACUUCGAGCUGCAAGCAAGGAUCCCGAGUCCAGUUACUAUAGUCUUCAUAUGAAUGCUUCAGGUCAUUUAGAGCUACACUGGGAAAGUAAUGUUAUCUACUGGACAAGUGAAAACCCUUCUGCUUCAAAUCUCAGUGCUUUUCUUACAACCAGUGGAGCUUUUGAACUGCGAGACCGAAGUUUGAAGCCUGUUUGGUCUGUGUUUGGAGAUGAUCACAAUGACUCUGUCAGUUACAGAUAUCUUAGGCUUGAUGGGGAUGGCAAUCUCCGCUUAUAUUCAUGGGUUGAAACUACGCGAUCAUGGAGAUCAGUGUGGCAAGCAGUUGAGAAUCAGUGCAAGGUCUUUGCAACUUGUGGUCAACUUGGUGUCUGUGUCUUCAAUGAUUCAGGUUCGGCUGAUUGCAGAUGCCCAUUUGAGGUAACUGGGACUAACAAAUGUUUGGUUCCAUAUGAAAAGGAGUGUGAAUCUGGCUCCAGUAUGAUAGCAUAUAAGAACAUUUAUCUAUAUGGAAUCUACCCUCCUGAUGAUACUGUUAUCACAAGUAGUUUGCAGCAAUGUGAACAGUUGUGCCUGAAUGACACACAAUGUACGGUUGCAACCUUUUCUAAUAGUAGAACUCCGCAAUGCUCGAUAAAGAAAACUGAGUAUGUCACUGGUUAUGAAGAUCCAUCUGUAAGCUCAACAUCAUUUGUUAAGAGAUGCUCAGGUCCAUUUGCUGUAAAUCCCAAUCUAACAAAAUCUCCUCCAUCCGAGCUGCCUCCUAGGCUAUGUGUUCCUUGUCUAAUAGGAGCUGCCACAGCCACAUUUUUCAUCUUCGUUAUUCUCCAGUUGGGAAUUGUGUUCUUCAUCUGCAGAAGAAAAAGCUCUACCAGGAAAAAAGUCACUUUAGCUUUCACAAGUCCAAACUCAAAGGGUUUAAUUGUGUUGUCCUUCUCAGAAAUCAAGAGCCUCACAGGGGAUUUCAAGAAUCAAAUCGGGCCAAAGAUGUUCAAGGGUUUGCUACCAAACAAUCACCAGAUUGCUGUUAAAGACCUGAAUGCAUCCAUAGAAGAAAGGAAGUUCCGGAGUGCUGUUCUGAAGAUGGGUAGCAUCCACCACAAGAACCUUGUGAAGCUUGAGGGUUAUUGCUGUGAGUUUGAUCAUAGAUUUCUGGUGUAUGAAUAUGCCAAAAAUGGUUCAUUGGACAAGUACAUAGAUGAUUCUGCCCUUUGCAGGAAGCUAACUUGGAGAAAGAGAGUUGAAAUAUGCUCAAGUGUGGCAAAGGCCAUCUCUUACUUGCACUCUGGGUGUAGGGAGUUCAUAAGCCAUGGAAAUUUGAAAUGUGAAAAUGUUAUGUUGGAUGAAAACUUAGGUGCCAAGGUGACUGAAUUUGGGUUUGCUAGGGUAGAUGGUAACGCAACAUAUUGUGGCUUUUCAGCUGAGAAGGAUGUAGAGGAUUUUGGCAAGUUAGUUUUAACUAUGAUAACCGGGUGUCGUGAUCACGAACACGUGGAACUUUGUGAGUGGGCAUAUAAAGAAUGGAUGGAAGAGAGGGUAGCUAAUGUGGUUGAUAAAAGAAUGGAAGGUGGUUACAACUCACAGGAACUGGAGCGUGCAUUAAGAAUUGCAUUCUGGUGCCUUCAAAUGGAUGAACGUAGAAGACCUUCCAUGGGGGAGGUAGCAAGAGUACUUGAUGGUACAUUGAAUGUUGAUCCCCCACCACCUCCAUUAGCCUUUCAGAGGCAGUUGCAGAUAGAUGAUUCAGAAGAAAAUGGUUCAGAAUCAGAAGCAUAGGUGCCAGCUUAAUUAGUAGGAACUUUUGUUCCUGUAUUUUUCAUGUUUAGUUGCCUUCAUAUUUAAUGUGUAUAGUAGGACUAACUUCUAGGUGACUGUAAACUCUGAAGAUAUUGCUGUUCAGUUCUGAUAUGCGGCUUUUGACUUGUUUAUGUCUAUCCACUUGAGCACAUCCUUUAGAAUGAGCAUUAUGUUUUUUAUGUGUGGAUAUUGAUUAUUGUAACUUGGGAGGACA